AGGGCAAAGCAAUGUGAACAGGCAGCAGCCCACAUCUGUAGUUUCUCUGAGACUCUACCAUGGCUCCAGCUGGGUGCUGCAUGCUGACCACUGUCCUGGUGCUUUUAGUAUCAUCUUUGACACAUGCUCAGUUUUUUAAUUUAUUUUCCUGGGCGAGCAAAAAAAACCCAACUACUGUGAGUCCUACAACUGAAGCUGUGGUUUUAGCUACUUCUGCAGACCAUCACUCUUUUGCCACAUUAUUGCCUACAGAGAGUCAACCGACUGCCACUGGAACCAAAGAGGAUCAAACACCUGCUGCUGCAGAGGAUCACCUUCUUGCCAAAAUAUCCACAGAGGAUCACCCUCCUGCAAAAUUAUUUGCAGAGGAUCACCCUUCUGUCACAUUAUCUGCAGAACAUCACCCUUUUGCCACAUUAUCUGUAGUGGAUCACACACCAGCCAAAUUAUCUGCAGAGGAUCACCAUCCUGCCACAUUAGCUGCAGAGCAUCACCCUUCUGCCAAAUUAUCUGCAGAAGAUCACAUUCCUGCCACAUUGUCUGCAAAUGAUAACUCAAAUGUCACAACAUCUGCAGAGGGAAACCUAUCUUCCACUUUAUAUACUGAUAAUCAUCCUUCUGAAACACUAUCACCAGCAGAGAAACUGUCUCCUGCUACAUCCUAUCCUCAGCUGCCUAAUAUAUCACAACCUCUUGACCAGUCACCUUCAGUUACAAAGUCAAGCCCAGAGAUAUUGAAUACUGUGCAGACAACUACCAGGGCUGUGACAGAAGAACCAGAAUUCAUAAAAGGUGAGCAUCAGACAUCUAAAGCACCACCUACUGAAAAACAACAUGAGAGACAAAUAUGGAACAUAUUCAAUCUGCAGAGAGGGGAAGAAGAUGGUAAUUCUCAGGCCUUGGUCACAACACCUGGAGCUAAGAUAGAAGAUAAGCAAAAUAUUGCUGGUGUGGGAGCUGAAAUAUUAAAUGUUGCUGAAGGUAUCAGGAACUUUGUUAAUGGCUGGGAAAACAAAGCUAGCAAUCCCCCAAGCUCCACAGAACAAAUAGACCCCUCAACUUCUGCUCACGUUCAAGAAAAGGAGACCACUGUAACUGUCCAAAGUAUCAUACCAAGUGCUAAUGGCAGUGUCAGUUGGAAUAGUGACAAUGACACAGACAAUCCUCAUUCUAGACCACUAAAUCUGACCUUGAACAAGGCUUUCUCAGUGGAUCAAAUAACUCCCAAACCAGAUGGGUUUGGUUCAGAAGUCGGCCUCUUGCAGCUCAUUGGAGACCCUCCACCAGAACAAAUCACCAAGAUCUUUGGGCCUGACAAGAAUCCUGGUUAUGUAUUUGGGCCAGAUGCAAAUACUGGACAAGUGGCCCAAUACCAUCUUCCCAGUCCAAUGUAUAGAGACUUUUCUCUUAUAUUCCAUGUACAGCCAACCACAAACAAGGCUGGUAUACUAUUCUCAAUCACUGAUGCCUCCCAGUCUAUUGUGUACAUCGGUGUGAAACUAUCUGAAGCCAAGGAUGGAAAGCAGCAGAUUAUAUUCUACUACACCGAGCCUGGCUCCCAGACAUCCUAUGCUGCUGCCACCUUCAACGUCCCAUCAUUAGUGGACCGCUGGACCCGCUUUGCUAUCAGCGUUGAGGAUGAGGAGGUUGUUCUGUUUCUUGACUGUGAUGAGCAUGAGAGAGUUCGUUUUGAAAGAUCCCCAGAUGAGAUGGAAUUGGAGGAUGGAUCUGGUCUCUUUGUAGCUCAAGCAGGAGGAGCCGAUCCUGACAGAUAUCAGGGUGUAAUAGCCGAACUGAAAAUCAAGAGUGAUCCCCGGGCAGCAGAGCACCAAUGUGAGGAGGAAGGAGACGAUUCUGAUGGGAUCUCUGGAGACUUUGGAAGCGGCAUUCCAGAAAAGGAGGUGUAUCAGGUAACUCCACCUCCUGUCCAAGCACCAAUCACUGUCCCUCCCAUUCAGAAGCCGUCUGUUGAAAUAAAGAGUGUCGCCAAAGAGCAGAUCUCUCAUAGGGUUCAGAUAGAAACAGGAUCAGUAUCAACAGUUAAAGGAGAAAAAGGUGAUCAAGGAGAGAAAGGGGAUCAAGGGCCUGCUGGUCCCAAAGGAGACAGUGGUGCUGGUGCAAGCUCAGCUAUUGGCAGCAAAGGAGAAAAGGGUGAUAAGGGAGAAUUUGGCUUGAAGGGAAGUGCAGGAUUUGGAUAUCCAGGGCCAAAGGGUCAAAAGGGAGACCCUGGUAUUCAAGGUCCUCCCGGGCCAUCAGGGCCAGCUGUACUGCAGAAAACUGAUGGAUCUAGUGUGCAACAGGUCUCUGGGCCACCAGGUCCCAGAGGGUCACCAGGGCCACCAGGAAAAGAUGGAGAACCAGGUGAUCCUGGAGAAGAUGGAAAAACUGGUGAAGUUGGACCUCAGGGAUUCCCAGGGACACCAGGAGAUGUUGGACAGAAAGGAGAUAAGGGUGAUCCUGGUGUCGGCAUCAGAGGUUCCCCAGGACUACCUGGGCCACCUGGACCACCGGGCCCUGCUGGAUCCGCUUCUAAAUCUGAUAAACUGACAUUUAUUGAUAUGGAAGGUUCUGGUUAUAGUGGAGAUUUGGAGAAUCUAAGGGGACCCCCUGGUUUGCCUGGCCCCCAAGGUCCUCCUGGUGUACCCGGGUUACCAGGUGUGCCCGGAAAGUUUGGAAUGAAUGUUACAGGAAUACCAGGCCCUCCUGGAAUUCCCGGAAACCCAGGAAGGGAUGGAUUGCAAGGACCUCCUGGACCACAGGGUCUUCCAGGAAAAGAUGGUAUUGAUGGAGCUCCAGGAGUCGCUGGGCAGAGGGGUGAAGAUGGUGAGAUUGGUCUACCAGGAGUUCCUGGGCAAAAGGGAAAUCAAGGGGAGGCUGGACUCCCAGGAACACCUGGGCAAACUGGCUUAGCUGGGCUUCCUGGACCCAUGGGCCCCAGAGGUUUACCAGGACCACCUGGACCACCAGGUCCUGUGAGGAAUGGACUCUCCAUUGGAUUUGACGAUAUGGAAGGUUCUGGGGUUGGAUCUGGCUCUAGAGGAGCAGAAGGACCACAGGGGCUACCAGGACUUCCAGGACUUAAGGGAGAAGCUGGAAAUCCAGGUCUGGCAGGACUUCCAGGUCCUAAGGGAGAUCGAGGAAUUCCAGGACUUGAUGGGCGUCCUGGCUUGGAUGGAUUUCCGGGUCCAGAGGGACCAAGUGGCGAAAAAGGAGAAACUGGUGCACCAGGUCUGCCUGGCCGUGAUGCUGUGGGUCUUCCUGGACCUCCCGGACCACCUGGCGAAAUCCGUUACAUUUCUUCAGAUAACCAAGACUUGAUUGGAGGUGGAGUACAGAGCCCAAGAGGACCUAAAGGAGAUCAGGGUGAUCCAGGUUAUCCAGGCAUAACGGGGAUGAAGGGAGAGAAGGGAGAGACUGGAUUGAUUGUUGGGCCAGAUGGGACAGUACUUGUUGGUGCUUCUAAAGGAGAAACGGGAGAAACUGGACCAAGGGGCCCUGUGGGACCAGCGGGCCCUACUGGACAAAAAGGAGAGAUAGGAUUUCCUGGCAGACCAGGCCGCCCUGGAAUGAAUGGGAUAAAAGGAGAGAAAGGAGAGUCAGGUGAUUCUAGAGGUGGCUUUGGAAUCCAGGGACCCCCAGGACCACCAGGCCCUCCUGGUCCUCCAGGACAAACGGUGUACGGAGAAGCAAGUGGUCCAGGACCCCAAGGUUAUCCAGGCCAAAAAGGAGAACAUGGAUUUCCUGGACCAAAGGGUGAUCGUGGUGAUGUUGGUCCAGCUGGGCCACCAGGAACCUUCCCAUAUGACCUGAGUGUCCUUACUUCCAGCUUGCGGGGAGAGAAAGGAGAAGCUGGACAAAAGGGUGAAUCUGGUGGCCAUUAUGGACAGGGAAUACCUGGACCCCCUGGAAAUCCUGGAUAUCCAGGUCUACCAGGACUUAAAGGUGAAAGCAUUCAAGGUCCCCCUGGUCCUCCUGGCCCUCAGGGCCCCCCUGGUGCUGGAUAUGAAGGAAGGCAAGGGAUACCUGGACCACCAGGCCCUCCAGGACCCCCAGGACAACCAUCAUUCCCUGGUCCUCAUAGACACACCAUAAGUAUCCCAGGCCCCCCUGGACCCCCAGGCCCUCCUGGACUCCCUGGAGCAUCCUCAGGAUCUUCUGUGGUAACCGUACUUCAGACUUACCAGACAAUGCUCAGUUUCGCACAGAGGUUGCAGGAAGGGACAAUCGUGUUAGUAUUGGAGAGGUCAGAAUUGUAUGUGCGCGUCAGGGAUGGAUUCAGAUUAAUUCUCCUUGGAGAACAUACACCAUUGACUGGGCCAGGCCUGGGUAAUGAAGUUGCUGUUGAGGAACCCCCAAUUAUUAUAUACCCAAAUGGUAAUAGAGAUUCUGGCGAUAUACAGGACAGUCGCCCCCGCCAAGAGGAGAAUGUACCGCCAGAGCCUCCCAGAGUGGUCCCUCCGCCGCCUGAGCGUGUACCUCAAGGGGAUCCUCGAUUCCCAGUUCCAGAGAGAAAUGCUCCCUCUUCAGUGCACACACAUCAGGAGUUUCAGCCUGCGCUGCAUAUGGUGGCUCUGAAUGUUCCUUUGAGCGGUAGCAUGCGUUCUAUUCGUGGAGUUGACUUCCAGUGCUUUGAGCAGGCACGUCAGGCUGGGCUCCAUGGCACAUUCCGUGCUUUCCUAUCCUCACGUCUUCAGGAUCUUUACAGCAUUGUACGCAGGGCUGACAGAGUUUCCGUUCCUAUAGUUAAUCUCAAGGAUGAAGUACUGUUCGAAAGCUGGGAGUCACUUUUCUCUGGUUCUGAAGGUCAAAUGAGGUCUGGUGCUCGUAUUUUCUCAUUUGAUGGAAGAGAUGUUUCUCUAGACUCUGCAUGGCCACAAAAAAUGGUUUGGCAUGGCUCUGACUCCAAGGGUCGGCGUUUAACUGAGAGCUACUGUGAGACAUGGCGCACAGAUGAAAGUGCGGUAACUGGCCAGGCUUCAUCCCUGAUAAACGGGAAACUUCUAGAACAGCGACCACAGAGCUGCAAUAAGAGCUUAAUUGUCUUGUGUAUUGAGAACAGCUUCAUGACUUCAAACCAGAAAUAAAAGUCGUAUGUAAAGCUAGAGGGGAUACUCAUCCUGACAGAAGUUACAAAUGGACCUUCUAAGAUUUUUCAUGUCCAGAGACCAAAGAGUGUGUGAAGCUGUUCAUCCAGUACCUGCCAGGCUAUACAGAAUGAAUUCCUAACUAUCUCACACAGGACUUGUUCUGACAGCAGGAUGUUAGAUUUUUUUUAAGAGGUUACAUUAAAAAAUGUUGAAAGAGACAAAUGCAAAGCUGUUAGAUCUCUUGUACUGGAAUACAGGACAUCUGGAACCAAACUGCCCUCAGUGAGCGCAAAUAACCACUUCUAAGGCAGCGUAUAUGGGUGCCCCACACUUUGUCUCUUUGCCAUGUAAGAGAAUUCUCUCUAUUUUAUUCUGUAAUAUUUAAUCACUUAGUUAUACAGUCACAUGUAUCUCCAUUUUUCUCUUGUAAACUUUUGUUUCUUCUAUUGAUCAAAAAAAAAAAAAUAGGAAACUGGGAUGCAUGAUUGCAGACAGUGCUCUCAGUAGUGAUGCGUGUCCUGGGGUCUCAAGAGCAUGUGUGUGAGCUGUGCUCCCAGGGAUAAGGGAUCUGCGACUCUUGCCCCUGGGAGCAGGGUGUCGUGUGCUUGUGUUGAGCUCUCAGGAGCCUUAUGUGUGUGUCCUGUGCUUAUAAGUCAGUAUGUGUUAUGUGUGUUUUGUGUUAUGAGCAGUUGUUCAUGUGUAUACUGCGCAUUCAGCAGCAGGAUACUGUUUGUUUGUCCUUUGAUUUCAGGGGCUAUGUAUGUACAACAUCUUUACCUUUUUUGGGCAAUUUGUCUAGGAACAUAGUAAACUGACAAUUUAAACAAUUCUCUGUGGCCCCUAUGAGUAUGUGUUUUCAUUAUGUUUUUAUGUGUGUGUUUGGAUUUUGUGGUGAGUGUGUGCACUUAAUGUGCUCUUGCAGACUCAGUGUGUAUCUGUGUGUAUAUGCAGUGCUGUGGCACAGUGAGGUGCUGUGCAUGCAUUACAUACUUGCGGGGCUUUGAGAGUCCUGGAAUGUGCACACCCAUAUUCUGUUGCUUGGUUCCUCACCUGUACAGAUAGAACUUGCAGACCUUGCGAGUCAGAGUAUGAACACAGGAUUUGUGUAACCAGUGAUUGUAUAAAUUCCUCUUUUUUCCUAAAGGUGCUAAAAAGCUUUAUUUUUUUUAAUGCUUUUAGAUUUGGUUUUUAAAACCAUAAACAGUUUUCUACCGUAAUCUUUGUAAGAAACACUCAUAGUUUAUACUUGUUGUUAUAUGUCACUCUGAGUGAAUGCCUAUUGUCUGAGGUGCUGUUCAUUUACCAAUGUCUGAGUCUAACAUCACUGCUGUCCCAGCAGUUUUACACCACAUGCUGCAUGAUUAUUGCCCGGGUUCAGGAAUGUAUUAAUAUUAUCAUACCCUGAUUCCCGUUAUGUUUGCUUCUCAGGGGUUGAAAAGUACCGAUAUGCACAGUUAUAUAGGACCUUAUUGUAUUGUGAUUAAAUGUUUUCUUUUUCUGAAAUUCAGACAGUUUUUCAAAUAAAUACAAAAUGUACAUA